AUGUACGCUCGAGAGCAGGCCAAGCUGUACUUACAGAACAUCACCAUGAGUGCGAUCGAGGGCAUGUUCAAGCAGUACCUGCAGCCUCUACAGCAGGACGUUGCAGCUAUUAAACUACAUGGGAUAUCCAGGGAUGAGUUACAGCAAGCUCUGGAACCUGUCCAGGCGGAGAUGAACAAACUCACAGAGCGCGUCGACUUCCUGGAGCGAUCGGGAUCCCGGUCGCCAUCGGCAACCUCAGGAGCAGCGCCAAGCAUUACGUCACACAUCGAACAAAAAAUAUUCAACCUGGAAAAACAGUUCUCUGAGCUGACGGCAGGCCGGGACCGAGAAUGCAAUGCGGAUAUGGAUACAGCCAUGGACUUCCUGAAAGGCCAGUUCGUGCGCACCCGCGUGCCAGAGCACAUCGACAUCUUCACCAAAGGCGCAGUCAACAGCAUAGUCUUCGUGAAAUUUGGCUCCGCUGACAAGUGUGACAAAUUCGUCAACGUACUCGGUAAAGCUCAG